UGUGGACAUAACCAGUACAUGACUCCGUAUGAGCCGAAUCUCCGUAAUUAUGCAGACAGUGGUCAAUUUCCAUGGGCGGUCCACGUGAGAGUGUUCAUCGACGCAGUUUCAUACAAGGAAUGUGAAGGGAGCAUUGUAACCAGGCGUCAUGUACUCACAGCUGCCCACUGCUUAAAAACGAACAGCCGCAUAUACGCCAUAUCAGUAAGGUACGGCAACAUCGACCUACGUCUAACCGAGGAGGUCUUUGCCAUAAAGUACAACUUUCACCCGCUCUACAUUCCCAACACACCUAAUCACGACGUCGGCAUACUGCUGCUAGAGCAUCCUUUGGAGUACUCCUCUCAAGUACGGCCAGUGUGCCUCCCUAAAGCAUCGUUUGAUGUCACGGGGAGAAAGCUGUUCUUGCCGUCGUGGGUAAGACAUCCUCAAGUAACGCCAGACAACUACCUUCAGUACUGGAAACUCCAAAUUCGCGCCAACAGCCACUGCAAGAAAAUAUACGGAGGAAAAUUCCGAGAUCGCAUCACCUUGUGUGCGUCACCAAAGGGUCCCGGGCUUAGCACGGGAUACUGGGGUGGCCCGAGCACCAUCAGGAUGAUUGACGGACGCCACCUGCAAGUCGGUAUCGCCUCGCAGUUCUUCGACGAUCAACUUGUAGGAAGUCGCGUCUUCGCUCGCGUGGAUGCGCUCAUGCCCUGGAUAAUACAGAACAUCGAAAAUAGCAACGGAUACACGAGACUCUCGUCAGGCCGGCCCCGGCCACUCAACGAUGUUGCGGUGCCCUCGUAUCUCUUUUCGUCGGCCCCCCUGCCCACCGCGCCCGUCGUGCCUGUCACCCCGUUCGUUCCGACCGCACCUUUUGCGGCAUUGUACGGAUAGAGGCCUCCUCUGAGUGUCACAUAACACCAAAUAAACUUUGCAAGGACACCAACCCGUAUCAUACGCUUGCCUAUUAUCCCUUUUAGUUACGGUGUUCGUCCUUGUGAAGGUAAUUUGUUUUUUUUUUUCAAUUUGUUCCUGCUGUAGCAAGAACCAAAAAAUACUUGUAACUGAACUUCGGGUCAGUUGAUCCCUCUUCUAACGCCAUGUUGAAUAAUCUUCGCUGUUUGUUUUCCUUAUUCGAAAUGUAAUCCCACCCCUUAAGUAACACCCCUGAAAUGGGGGUCUUUAAAGAAUAAAACUUAA